GCCCACUGUUCAUGCAAUAAGAGGGACUACUAUGAUAGUGGGGUGCCGCCACCCGUCCAAUACUAGAGAGCCGAUUUCGCAUGACAAAAAUUCGAGAAGCGCAUUUCAAAGCAUCUUUCCAAUGCGAUAUCCCCUCGUACCCAUCCCCAGAACACCUACAAAUAAUUAUAUCGUCCAGUCAACAAACGACACUCUUCGUGCACUGUCUUAUAAUUGCUUUUCUUUUUUCAACCACAUGUUAAGCACGAAGCCGUUUACUGAUUACGAAUUACGUACCUAACGUUCCUAACGCUGCUCUCCCUGCGAUCCGACUAUCUCCCACACCCCAAGUCAAUACACAGAUUUCCGCCAUCGCAAGUCAAAAAAACGGGCUACUAACAACCGACACACAACCAAGGGACGAGUCGCCCUCACUCGACUCGCCCUUCUCCCCACAUCUCCUCAAUCACCAUCCCCCCGCACCGACAAAAUGUCAGCCAUCCUCUCCGCCGACGACUUAAACGACUUCAUCUCCCCAGGCGUAGCCUGCAUCAAACCCGUCGAAACCCUCCCCGCCGCGCCUCCGCCCCCCACCGACCUCGAACACGAAGUCAUCCUCGACGGGCAGCCAGGCGCCGCCACCAACAACACCAACGCGGGACCAGCGCAGAUAUCGCUAACAGACUGCCUCGCGUGCUCGGGGUGCGUGACCUCAGCCGAAGCCGUGCUCGUCAGCCUGCAGAGCCACGCCGAACUCCUCAGCGUCCUGGACGGCGCGCCCGCGCUGCGUGUACGACAUAACAGCACUAGCGAUGGCGGAGGCAAAGAUGGGUACGUGGUAGAAGGCCUAGAGGACCCGGCCGCGAAGCUCUUCGUCGCGAGCGUGUCGCCGCAGACGCGGGCGAGCCUGGCGGCGGUCGCGGGGCGCGGCGUCCGCGAGCGCGACGCCGGGAACAUGGUCGCGCAGCUGCUGUGCGGUCCGGCGGGCUUGCGCGCGGGCGGUCGGUACGGGAACGGGUUUGCGUGGGUUGUGGAUACGAAUGCGGCGCGGGAAGCGUGUCUCGUGUUAGGUGCUGAAGAGGCGCUCCGGUCGGCUAACUACGACAAUAAUAACAAUGCGGAGAAUGGGAUCGGGAAUGGGAAUGGGAAUGGGAACGCUGAUGGAAAUAGGGGAAAUAGGCUCGCGAAGCCGGUCCUGACGUCGAGCUGUCCGGGCUGGGUGUGCUACGCCGAGAAGACGCAUCCGUACGUACUGCCGCACAUAUCGCGAGUCAAGUCCCCGCAAGCGCUGACGGGCACGCUGCUCAAGACCGUGCUCAGCCGGACGCUGGGGAUACCCCCGGAUCGCAUAUGGCAUUUAGCAGUAAUGCCGUGCUUCGACAAGAAACUGGAGGCGAGUCGCGAGGAGCUUACAGAUGUCGCGUGGGGUGGCGGCGGCGGGGGGAAGCCUGGGAAAGGGGUAAGGGACGUGGAUUGUGUUAUCACGAGCAAGGAGAUUUUGAUGUUGACGGAGUCGAGGAACAUUGAUUUCUUCGGAUUACCCAAGGCUCCGGUCUCUUCCUCCUUACAGACUCCUUUCCCCGAUCCUACAUUACAACGUUUUCUGUUCCCCGUCCGUCCCCAGAAGAGCCAGUCGGACCCGACGGCGGGGACUUCGGGGGGCAAUCUAUAUUACACGUUAAAGUAUGUCUCCGCGCAACACCCCGGAUCCAGGAUCGAGACCAUACGCGGCCGGAACGCCGACGUCGUGGAGUACACGGUCAACUCGGCUGAUGGGAAGCCUAUAUUUAAGGCGGCGAGGUAUUAUGGCUUUCGGAAUAUCCAGAAUCUAGUUCGGAAGUUGAAACCCGCCAAGGUGUCGCGGAUGCCGGGUGCCAGAACGGCGGGGACCAGAAAGCCGGCGGGGAAGCAGGGAGGACUAGAAUAUGCCUACGUCGAAGUCAUGGCUUGUCCUGGAGGCUGUACCAACGGUGGUGGGCAGGUCAAGGUUGACGAUCCGGUGGUGAUGGAGCGAAAAGGUUUGGAGUCGAAGCCCGGACCACAGGAGCAGAAGCAGUGGCUGGCGCAAGUUGACGAGGCUUACUUUUCCGCCGAAGAUUCAGACGUUGACUCGGAGAUCGACUUCGAGAAUACCCUAGCAGGAAAUGGAGGACAGGCACAUGAAGGCGGUGACAUGGUUGGCAGCAUUUCCCCAGCAUACAUUCGAGAUACCCUGGCGCAUUGGGCAAGCAUAACUGGCAUAGAAGUCGAUAAAUUGGUUUACACGAGCUAUCGCGAGGUGGUGAGCGACGUUGGCAAGGACAAGGAGGCUGGCGCCACGGAAAGGGUCGUCCAAUUAGCUGGCAAGAUCGGCGGCGGUUGGUAGUUCUGGUACUGGUAGCUGGUAGCUUCCCGCAUGUAAGGAAAACCAAAAUAGUAAAACCACGUUCAACUGCCUUUGGCGCCCCGCUUCGCGAACCCGAAGCCGCCUCUUCCACUCCCGUCGGGGCCUCGCGGCGCGCGGAUAAUUUGCUCUUCUUGUGGCGUUGACUUACGGGACAAUGGUGCGCCGCCGUCGUUGUUAUAAUUAUUUCCUCUCCGCUCCAAUUGGAAGCCCGGCUUCGGUGAGUAGUUAGGAUCGUAGAGCUCUCGUCCACUGCCACCGGACUGGCUGCUCGGUCGCUGGGUAUUAUCCCUCCCCC